CGAGUGUCGAGUGUCUGUUUGUCACAAUGGCCAUUGUUGCGCAAUAAAUACUCUGAAUUAUAAUGACAACUUGUUGUGGUGUCAUAAUGUACUUAUUGUCACAGAUAGAAUUGUUAUGUAUUGUUAAAUAAUAAAUUGGUUGAUUUUUAAUUGUGAUGUCAUCAAUAAAAGACAAGAUCACCGCGGUGCGAGCUGUUGUAAGCAACGCCACGAACGAUGACAUCGUACUCGUGUUGCAAAACAAUGACAACGACGUCGAUAAAUCAAUCGCAGAUUUUGUUGAAGGCCGAGCUGAAGCGAUAUUGACGGAAUGGAGACCGGCUGGUCCCAUGAAGAAUAAAAAAAAGAAAAAGAAGAAACAACAAAAGAAAAACAAACUAGAUGUAGAAACACAGCUUAAUCUGGACACUACGACCUUUGACCCCAAGGUUGAUGACAUCACUAAACCCGAUAAAGUAGAACCAACAACCGACCAAUCACGAGCUGCAGAAACAUUGAAGCUAUUGCUCACUGAUGCGGAACCAAACCCGGAACCCCAGCUUACCCUACAAGCUAACUCUAAACCCCCCCAACCCCCCAUAAACAAUCCCACCACCCCCCAACCCACAGAGGGCAAACCCCACCUCACCCACCUUUAUAAGGCCGGUCAUCGAUCCCGUACAUCCUCAGAGAGUAGCGUCAAAAGAUCAAGCAAGAAGCUUGUUAAGAGUAAUUUAGUGCAAGAAUCAACGACCAACGGGAGCGUUCAGGAAACAGCUACAUUUAAUCAGAAUAAAAAAAGCAUCGAGAAAGCAACGAAAGACCUGCAGCGUUGUUCCGCUUCGUUCGGCCGAUACAGGAGUUUACUCAACGAUGAGAUCAACGACAGUUACAAACGAAUCAAACAAACAUUUGAGGAAGCGAACAACGCUCUACAAGAUAGGGAGGUCGAACUCAUGAGAAGUCUCGAUAAGUUAAAGGAAGAAGCUUUCAAGCUCCUUGAGGCGCGCGAGCAUCGAGCUUUGGAGUUGAAACGACAAACCGAUCGAGUUGCAAACAUGAAGCCCCACCAAGUGGCCGAACUUAGGGGGGAAAUCAAACAUUUCGUUUCCGAUCGUAAAUAUGAUGAGGAAAUUGGUCGAACAACAAGAUUCAUUUUCAAUCGAGAAAUUAUUACGGAUGUUAUUCCCGCCCUUGGUGAAAUUUCAGGGGUGAAAAACUCGUAUUCGCACAAGUCGCGACCUCGACUUACCAGCGAUGCUAUGACGAUGAUUGCCACGACAACUGUCGACACCGUGGUUGCCAAGGCAACGGAAGAUAACAAGGAAAAGGAAAAAAGUCUUGAAAAAAGAGAAUCUUCGGACUCGUUGAAGUUAAACUCGGUUGAUUGGUCGGAGACCCCGGAUCAACCAUUGAGGGAAUCUCCGGCUUCGUGGGCGAACCAACCGAUUGUUGACGAACAAAAGUCAUUGUUACAAAACAAUGAAAAGCAACAAAAUGGUGGGGACAAUGGAAUGAAAGCGAACCCUCGUUUGUACCCACGACCACAUGGGGGCACCAAACAUCGUAACUAUGGUAACAGGGGGCGGGGUAGGGGGACUCCCCUGUUUAACCCACCUUAUCGCAAACCCCCAAACAGUGAGAGUCUUUUCAUGAACCCACUAAAUGGAAAGGAUGGGGUUCGUAGUCAUGGCGAUGGGUCCCAAGUUAACGGGGCACGUGAUGGGACCCGUAGCAACCGCCGUGGUUCGUUUAAAUACCGGGGAGAUUACCGUCGCAACAGGAACGAACGACCGAAACAAAAUUUUGAUAAAAAUGAUGAAAAAUGGUGACUUUAGAAAAAUGUUGACCCAGCUUUGUGCAAUAAUUAUAGAGCCAUAUAUAUAUAUAUAGCAUGGGUUGGGCAACUCUGAACAAAUCGGUGAUUCGUGCAAUUCAACGAUUGCAAUAACAUUCCAUAUUCGUAGCAAACUUCAUCUGUAAAUAAACAGGUGCUCGCGUUUUGUGCCUUAAUUACAAUAUUUUAACUUCGCAACAAAAUAUUAACCUCUUUAUGUGAACAUUGUGUACGUGACAGCCAUAACAGUGAGAUUUGAACCUGG